ACUUUGCAACAGCGUUUCAAGGAAACUGUUGCAAAACGUUUUGAGAUUGAACUUACCCCUGUACUUCUGUCAAGCUUGUGGAAUCGGAAAUGACGCAACGUGUUUGCGUUGGGAGCUUGUGGACAGAGGAGAAGCUACUUUAGCUUAGCCGUCUUUUACCUGCUGAACAUUUCUACGCGCAGAAUUUCCACUUUUUCUGUAAUGGUUUGACCAAACCGCCAACAUAUUAUCCUAAUAAUAGGAAGAGGAGUUAAACGGUAUUUCACAGCGAGCCACCGACUGUAGGAACAAUGUCUAGCCGUCUGGCCUUCCAGACCCAGCUGGCCUCCAUCAUGGAGGUCCUGGCUAAUGCAGCAGUGGCGGAGAUCUGUAAGCUGGUGGACGACGACUACGCUGUGGUGAGUUUACAGAUGUCUCAGUGCCAGAGAGAGAACAAAGCCCUGAAGAGGAAGCUGCAUCUGCUGGAGCUAAAGAUGGCCCGGGGAAACGCUGAGAGGAGGCUCCGGGAGAGCAGUAACAGCAGCCGACCAAGGGUGCAGAUAAACACAGGCGACAGGCUCCGGGAGGCCUCGCCUGCCGCCGGAGGUGUAUACGACACAUUUCCCAUGUCUGCUCCCACUAGGGCUGCAGCCUGUGAGCCGGUCCAUACUGACUGCAUCCAGAGUAAGUCUCCAGAUGUGGAACUGGUAGAGCCAGAGGCAGUUCUGGUGAAGGAGGAGAAUGUGGAGGCAAACAUGUCACGAAGUGAAGAAACGGCGAGAGAUGUGCCGCUUAUAGGAGAUGAUGGUGAUGGAGUGUGUCCCCCCCGUGGAGCUGCAGGACAGAGACCCAGCCUGGAACAGCAGGACACCCCGUCGCAGCCCCAGAUCCAGAGCAGCAGGACGAGGCGUACCGGCAGCAGCAGAGGAGUGGAGAAGGAAGAGGAGCCAGAUGUGGUGUUGGUGAAGGUGGAGGAGGUGGAGCCGGUGAUGGACACUCAGAGCCAAACAGGCCUCAGCAUACAGGAAGGGUUGGUGGAGUCGAGCACCGAUGACUACAGAGUAGUUCUGCCAUUUGAUGAAACCACACAAACUUCCACCAAUCAGCUGUCUGACCAACAGGUGUCUGGGCGGGGCUUCUCAGAGUCUGCAGCACCUCAGUCGAUCCCUGUGACAUCACAAGACCCCAGCUGUAUAGUGGCAGUCCAGCUAAGGCUACCAGAAACCAACACACCUGCCAACUAUAACACUCAACAAGAGCGGAGAUCCAGCAACAACAACCCUCUGAGCUCUGAAUACUCUCUCUUUGAACUGGAGACAUUCUUUACCCGUUGGGCCCCUGAAAAAGACUCUUCAUCACCCCCUGGUGGCCCUUCAUGUUCUUUCACCACUGAUGACUCAGCAGAGUGUGACCAGGAUGGUGUUAUUAUUGUAGAUACUGAACCACAACCUCAACAUGUGCUUCAGCCACCACACGGCUCAGUUUCCUCCGCUGUGAGGAUGAGUGGAGGAGAAGUUCACGUCCAGCCAUCUGUGUCUCAAGCCCUUUCAGCAGGGACUUCUGUGUCCAUACCUAAGAGGAUGCAGGCUCCAUCUUCCCAGCCUCCAUGGAGCAGAACACCAGCCAUGGUAAGAAGUACACCAGCUCAGCUGCUGCAGCAGCCCCAUAAUAGCAGGAUCUCUCAGCAACAACACAGGACUCCCUCUGCAGAGAGCACACUGUCCUCCACCACAGUUGGUGUCAAUAACACUCACAGUGCUGGUAAAUCAAGUAACUCUGGUAUCAGCUCAACCAGUAGGACUAUAUGCUCUGCCAUGGCUGCACAGUCAGCUUUACCUGUCAGGGGAUCCACAGCAGCGCUGGCCAGCAUUGAGGUGGCCAUUGCUGCACAGCAUCGAUCCAGCCUUCUGGCUCACCACGAUAAAAGCCAGGAUGCCAGCAUUGUGCCCGGCGAGCGCCGCAGGAAGAGCUACGUGUGUCGAGCCUGCGGCAAGGCUUUCUCUGGCUUGUCCAAUCUUGAGGCCCACGAGAGAGUACACACUGGGGAGAAACCUUUCCGCUGUGAUACCUGUGGGAAACGCUUCUCAGAGGCGGGGAACCUGAAGAAGCACCAGAGAGUUCACACCGGUGAGAAACCCUUCAGCUGUGACCAAUGUGGGAAGAGAUUCGCUUGGAUCUGCAACCUGAGGACGCAUCAGCAGUCAGCCACAGGCUGCGGACCACAGGCCAGGGGAGGGUUAGGACUGGGCUGAGCACUCCAAGUAGACGGACGGACAGGUUUGCUAAUGCUCGUAGGAUUUAAUCACACACACAGAUGCCAAUUCUUCAUUCUGAAACAAUAGUACGACAACAAUACACAAAGUGUGAAACAUUAUUGACUUGUUUUGUCUUUGAUACACUGUCCGAUGAACACUGUGCAUCUACUAGCUCUCAGUUAAAUGAGCAAACUAGUGGGGUUUUUUUUAUUUAGCUCAUUAACUACAAAUCAUGUGUACUUUUUAUGUUACUACUGACCAUUUACCAAUGUAGGUUAUGUUUCAGAGUUUUAAAGCGGUUGCUCCAGGCAGUCAGUGCUUUCAUUUAAUGUAGCUUCAAUACCAUGCAACAAUAGGCUGACUUUUACACAUGAAAUUACACAUGUUUGCUGUAAUUACCUUUUUUCAAGUGUCUGCAAGUUGAGUUUCAUGCUUUACAUAAAUAAACUGACACUAAAGGCUGCCAGGAUGUUCCAGCUAACUAGGGUAUGCUUUGGGAAAUUGUCGUAGUAAUACUUAACUUGUGCUCAAUUGGCUAAAACGUUGUCUGGUCUUUCUCAGACUUGUUCUCGGGAUUCAUUUCAUUUUAUUGCUGUAUUGAUUUUGAGGCAUUAGUAUAAUUACCACACCAAUCUGGUUGUUAAAGUUCUCUUCCCAUUCAAAACAAAAGAUGCCAGCAAGUAGCUUUUAGGUAUUAUGGGUAUUGUGUUCUUACCUUUGAGAGACGCCAGGACAUUCCAGAAAGUUAUUAUACUGUUGUUAACAGUAGUUACACUCAUGGUCGCAAUUAAUUUGACGUUGAUGAGUGCUAAUACUUUUGUACUUUGAUCACUUGUAAAUUUUGUUAAGAUGUAAAAUAAACAUUUUGUGAGGCACAAUGUU